CAGAUCGUAUAAAAUUCUCAAUUGAGUGAUCGCAUGCGAGGCGUGUGGGACCAAUCAUGUAUGUGCUAUGUAUAACCAAAACCCCUCCAAAAGUACAAGAUGGCCUUAGCUAAGAAUAUUUUAAACUCGGCCUCCUAUAAGGCACAAUUUCAUUCAAUCAACGAGUAGUUCAUUUAACUCACCUUUCAACACAUGUCUAAAAAAGGAGUACCUAGCAUUUUUCUUUCGAACACUACGUGAAAUUGAUGACAUGUGUACGCAGAAGCACCGCGCUCAUACUCUCACAUCAUGGGCGACAUUACAACGAGAUAGGAGAUGUAGAAGAUUGGUGGCAAAGUGACACUUUGAGUUCAUACGAGGAGAAAGCCCAAUGUUUCGUCGAUGCUUAUGGCAAUCACAGUUCAAACUUUGGUAAUAUUACUCAAACGACCGACAGCGUACAUUCGUUAGGAGAGAAUAUCGCGGAUAACGGAGGAUUCAGGGAAUCACUUUUGGCUUACAGAAGAUGUGUGGCUAAAUAUGGAGAGGAACCGAUUCUUCCUCACUUUGAAAACUUUACUCAUGAACAGCUCCUGACACUAGCAUUUGCCAACGUGUGGUGUGAAAAUCCAACGAAACUUUCUGCGGAGAAGAUCCGAAAAGACGAGCACAGCCCAAGGCCUUUUCGUGUGAAUGUAGUAUUCCAAAACUCCGAAGAGUUCGCUGAUAUUUGGAAAUGUCCGAAAGGCAGCAAAAUGAACCCGAACAAAGAGAAAUGUUCUAUUUGGUGAUUUCCCAACAGGAUUUCCGUCCAAGUGGAUGCAAUACAACGCAAUUUUAAAAUCAUUCAGCACUUUACUGUUCAUUUACGAGUAACUUGAAAAUAAAACGUAACUUG